AUGGCGCCAUUCCUGCGCAUCGCUUUCAACUCCUACGAGCUGGGCUCCCUGCAGGCUGAGGAUGAGGCGAGCCAGCCCUUCUGUGCCGUGAAGAUGAAGGAGGCACUCAGCACAGAGCGCGGGAAGACUCUUGUGCAGAAGAAGCCCACCAUGUAUCCUGAAUGGAAGUCCACGUUUGACGCCCACAUCUACGAGGGCCGCGUCAUCCAGAUUGUGCUGAUGCGGGCAGCCGAGGAGCCAGUGUCUGAGGUGACCGUGGGCGUGUCGGUGCUGGCUGAGCGCUGCAAGAAGAACAACGGCAAGGCCGAAUUCUGGCUGGACCUUCAGCCCCAGGCCAAGGUGUUGAUGUCUGUGCAGUAUUUCCUGGAGGACGGGGAUUGCAAACAGUCUAUGCGUGGUGAGGACGAGGCCAAGUUCCCAACGAUGAACCGCCGUGGAGCCAUCAAACAGGCCAAAAUUCACUACAUCAAGAACCAUGAGUUUAUUGCUACCUUCUUUGGGCAGCCCACCUUCUGUUCUGUGUGCAAGGAUUUUGUCUGGGGUCUCAACAAGCAAGGCUACAAAUGCAGGCAAUGCAACGCUGCCAUCCACAAGAAAUGCAUCGACAUGAUCAUCGGCCGGUGCACGGGCACUGCCGCCAACAGCCGGGACACCAUAUUCCAGAAAGAACGCUUCAACAUUGACAUGCCACACCGGUUCAAGGUUCACAACUACAUGAGCCCCACAUUCUGUGACCACUGUGGCAGCCUGCUCUGGGGGCUGGUGAAGCAGGGGUUAAAGUGUGAAGACUGUGGCAUGAACGUGCACCAUAAAUGCCGGGAGAAGGUGGCCAACCUCUGUGGCAUCAACCAGAAGCUCUUGGCCGAGGCCUUGAGCCAAGUCAGCCAGAGACCCCGGAAGUCAGAGUCGGGGCCUUCAGAGCCUGUUGGAAUAUACCAGCCUUUCGAGAAGAAGCCAGAAGUCUCUGGGAAUGAUGCCACAGGUGAAGCUGACAACAAUGGGACCUAUGGCAAGAUCUGGGAGGGCAGCGCCAGGUGCAACAUCCAGAACUUCACCUUCCACAAGAUCCUGGGCAAAGGCAGCUUUGGGAAGGUGCUGCUUGCAGAGCUGAAGGGCAAAGGCCAGUACUUUGCUAUCAAGGCGCUCAAGAAGGAUGUGGUUCUGAUAGACGAUGACGUGGAAUGCACCAUGGUGGAGAAGCGGGUGCUGGCGCUCGCGUGGGACAGUCCCUUCCUUACCCACCUCUUCUGUACCUUCCAGACCAAGGACCACCUGUUCUUUGUGAUGGAGUUCCUCAAUGGGGGGGACCUGAUGUACCACAUACAGGACAAAGGCCGCUUUGAACUCUACCGUGCCACGUUUUAUGCUGCUGAGAUAGUGUGUGGACUGCAGUUUCUUCACAGCAAAGGGAUCAUUUACAGGGAUCUCAAACUGGACAAUGUGAUGCUGGACCGGGAUGGCCACAUUAAGAUUGCUGACUUCGGGAUGUGCAAAGAGAACAUCUUUGGGGAGAACCGGGCCAGCACCUUCUGCGGCACCCCUGACUAUAUCGCCCCCGAGAUCCUGCAGGGCCUGAAGUACUCAUUCUCCGUGGACUGGUGGUCCUUUGGGGUCCUUCUCUACGAGAUGCUCAUUGGUCAGUCCCCUUUCCAUGGUGAUGAUGAGGAUGAACUCUUCGAGUCCAUCCGUUUGGACACGCCACAUUAUCCCCGCUGGAUCACAAAGGAGUCCAAGGACAUCCUGGAGAAGCUAUUUGAAAGGGACCCAACCAAGAGGCUGGGAGUGACAGGAAACAUCAAAAUCCACCCCUUCUUCAAGACCAUCAACUGGAUUAUGCUGGAGAAGCGGAAGGUGGAGCCGCCCUUCAGGCCUAAAGUGAAGUCCCCUGGAGACUACAACAACUUCGACCAGGAGUUCCUGAAUGAGAAACCACACCUCUCCUACAGCGACAAGAACCUCAUUGACUCUAUGGACCAGACGGCAUUCGCCGGCUUUUCAUUCGUGAACCCCAAAUUCCAGCAUCUCCUGGAAGACUGAGGCUCCUAGACAUGGCCCACCCCAGGUGG